AUGACCAGGUCAGCAGAACAGAGGGGCAAGGAACAAAGGGGUAGGCAAGUGAAUAGUUCCAUUAUCCAAGCCCGUGUCGAGUACCUAUACUUCCCGAUUGAUGGCCGCCCACGGCGGUCAGAUGCGGAGGACUGCAUCCGCAUUUCUCCACCAAGCACCCGACCGAACAGCAGAACGCAGCUUACAAAUGCUUUCGACAACGGUUCGGCUCGCGACAAUGUCUGUUCUACAUCGGAUAGGGGCCUAUGGACCUCUUGCAAACUGCUUCAGAACUCGCACAGGGACCACCAGAAACGAUCGAAGCUAAACUUCAUCACCCAAUAUCCCCCAGGCUCAUCUCGAACGUGGACCAACAGCAGCAAGCUAUCGCAGUGCUCGUGUUACUGGCAAGAAGCGACACCAACCCUGCUUCGCCUCCUUAAUCAAGACCGACAUCAAACGUUGCCAAUCUCAAUUCUAGACCUCGUCCAUCAGAUUCCCCCCACCCCCGUCAAUCACGUACUGGAAACACCAGGGCCGCACCGCAAUUCUUCGUUAUCUGUCCCCAUUGAACACCAUAAUUCGUCCACGCUACCGUGGUGGCAACCAUCUAAGGUGUACACACCCAAAGCCGUACCACCCAAGCUUGAGCGCCUGGUUCCUGAGACGGAACAAUCCCACACCUGA